AUUUCGUCCUCUCCUCUCAAUCCCCUUUCGGUGACAACCAUUCUAUCCACCUUUUGAAUCUCUGUAUAGACAGUAGAGAGCAAACAUGCCUACCAAAAGUUUGCUACUGGUCUUUAUCCACGGCUUCAAAGGAGGAGACCACACUUUCGAUGGCUUUCCCGAUCACUUCAGAACUCUCGUGCAAAAUGCCCUGCCAAAGAUCAACGUAUUGUCCAUCGUAUACCCAAAAUUCGAGACUCAAGGCGAUCUAUACGAAUGCGUGACCAAGUUCCACGGAUGGUUACUCGACAAAUGCAUCGAUCUGGAGGUCGCAAACAAUACUCCAUCCCCUACUGUCGAUCCUUCGGUCAGAGUUGUGCUUGUUGGUCAUUCAAUGGGUGGUAUCGUAGCUGCAGAGACAUUACUCAGUAUCGCUCGCGAUCAACCAGUACCUUCAAGCCGAACUUUCUCGUCAACCCAAGACGACUCGGGAGUUGGCAACAAGACAACAUCAAACCCUACAUCUAAGAACAACAGCACUGUCAGUCUGGAAGUCCCCGAGUCUCAGGCUACUAGAUCCUCAUCCGCACCUCCUCAAGAGAAGCCGCCAAUUCCAUCUCAGGACACCGACCCAACUCAGGCUCCAGAGUUCUUAUUCCCUUACAUCCAGGCUGUCCUAGCUUUCGAUACUCCCUACCUAGGGAUUCACCCCGGCGUCGUAGCCCACGGCGCAGAAACCCACUACAACAACGCCUCAGCCGCCUACAGCGCCUACAACCAAGCUUCCCAAUUUUUCGGUCUCGGCAACUCCUCCAAAACACCGGCUCCUCCUACUAGAGUUCCCGCAGGCGCUCUUCCAGCCCCUGAAGCCGGUGCUUGGGGCAAAUGGGGCAAGUACGCAAUGUUUGCCGGUGGUGCAGCAGCUCUAGCGGCAGCAGGUGGCGCAGUAUGGCAAAACCGCGACCACAUCUCCAAAGGCUGGGCAUGGGCAGGCGGCCACCUCGAAUUCGUCGGCUGCCUAGCCCGCGGCGCCGAUCUAACAAAACGAGUGGAAAGCGUAGCCCAACUCAGCUCCUCCCACAAAAUCGCCUUUGCCGAUUUCUACACCUGUCUGGACCAACAAAAGCUGGGCAAAACGUACUAUUCGGAGCAGAUUUUGGGAGAGGAAAGAACCUUUUGUGUAGUGCCGAAGGAGGCGAAAGAACAACGAGGUGAAUCACCGCUUAAAAAGCGAAAGACUACCAAUAAUGUUGUGGAUAAGAAGCUGAAGUCUAAAGGAACCUGGGUCAAAUGCAUCAACGAAAAGGCGAAUUCGGAAAUCGCUGCUCACGUCGCCAUGUUUACGCCAAAAGAUAAUCCCGAUUAUUACGCCAUGGCCGACAGAGCGAAAGUUGUUUUGGUAAAGGCGGUGGAUAAGGAGUGGUAUGAGAGGUCUGAGCCUACACCUGAAGCGACUCCAGAGCCCGGGACUGACGCUGAGGCCGAGAAAGCUGAGGGUGAGAAGGCCGAGGUCGAGGUUGAGGUCGAGGUCGAAGAAGAGAAGCAGGAGCAGGAGCACUCGAGUGCUGAAGCUACAGAGACUUGAUGUUUCAUUGGGACGGUGGACUCUUGCAUUCGUCAUAUAGAUACCCUUUAUUGAAUAUUCACACAACGACUGACUAGUCUUGGCCGACUUGUCUUGACAUAAAGUCUAUAGAUCAAGGUCAAGAGAAACAUGAUGAACAUGGCACAAUGGGAUUUACCGAAGAAUGUCACAAGCGACCAGAAACAUGGUUUAAAGUUCUGAUUUGUACCACAAGAAGAAGUCAACAUAAGUGCGCAAGAACGAAGAAUGGUAUAGAGCGCGGAUGAGUGACUGAAACAAAAA